UGCUGACGAGGUGCUGAUGGGUCGAUGUCAACUGGAUGAAAAUAAAAGAUCUAUCGCUUCAAUACACUGGUGAGUUCGGGUGAGGAUGACGAUGACUCACGUGGGGGCAGUAGUUGGUGCAGUAACUGCAGUGAUGGCCAUCCUGCUGCACUCCUCCAUUCAUAAGAUAGAGGAGGGACACCUAGCUGUGUACUACAGAGGAGGAGCUUUGCUAACCUCACCCAACGGCCCUGGAUACCACAUUAUGAUGCCCUUUCUUACCACCUACAGAUCAGUACAGACGACUCUUCAAACUGAUGAGAUAAAGAACGUGCCUUGUGGAACUAGUGGGGGAGUGAUGAUCUACUUUGACCGUAUAGAGGUGGUCAACAUGCUGGUGCCCUCAUCUGUGGUGGACACAGUGAAGAACUAUACAGCUGAUUAUGACAAAACUCUCAUUUUCAACAAGAUUCACCAUGAACUCAACCAAUUCUGCAGCGUACACACUUUACAGGAGGUCUACAUCGAGCUGUUUGACAUCAUUGAUGAGAACCUGAAAAUCGCUCUGCAGAAAGACCUAAACUCUAUGGCGCCUGGACUGACGAUACAGGCUGUCCGAGUCACCAAGCCCAAAAUCCCAGAGGCCAUCAGGAGAAACUUUGAGCUCAUGGAGGGGGAGAAGACUCGUCUGUUGGUAACCGUUCAGACUCAGAAGGUUGUGGAGAAAGAAGCUGAGACUGAGAGGAAGAAAGCCGUCAUCGAGGCUCAGAAGGUGGCUGAAGUAGCACAGAUUCAUUUCCAACAGAAGGUGAUGGAGAAAGAGACUGAGAAGAGGAUCUCUGAAAUAGAGGGUGUGUGUGUGUGGUGUGUGUGGUAUGUGGUGUGUGUGUGUGUGUGUGUGCGCAUAUUAAUGAACUCUGUGUCUAUUUCAGACACUGCGUUCUUGGCAAAAAUGAAGGCCAGGGCUGAUGCAGAGUAUUAUACAGCCGCUAAGUUUGCUGAAGCUAACAGGUUGAAGUUAACACCCGAGUACCUUGAGUUGAUGAAGUACCAGGCGAUAGCAGCCAACAGUAAGAUCUACUUCGGCCAGGACAUCCCUAACAUGUUUGUCGAGGGACACAGCCCUACCCAGGACCCUGAGCCCCCGAAAGCCUCUGAACAGGCCAGACACUAAGAUCCGAGACUAGCUGUCUGUCUGUCUGUCAGUUGAAGGGUUUGAGGGACAAAGGAAGGUGUGAGGAGUCAUUCCCCUAAUUGGGGUGCGUAAAGGCUUUAGUUUUAAUUCUAUCGGCCAGAGAGGGGGAGGGAGAAGGGGGAUUGGUAAAGGAUGGGGAGAGGAAGGAGUGAGCGAGAAGCAUGGAAAGAGAAAUUCAGAAAAAUGUGAGAGGGGGGGGUCGCAGGGAGAGGGCAAGCGGGUCUGUCUACACCUGUUUUGAGCAGGCAGUCGGUGGGAAGGAUCAGUAGAGUCAUUAAUGCUGAUAUCUGGCCUGGGUUGAGUGUUAGGCAGGUGGCUCUCAGUCGCCCUGCUCUACAUGUGCAGCUUUGCAUCGGAUGCAACUCUUGGCUUUGUUUUUUGGAAUUGUAUGAUUUUUGUUGUUGUUGUUGUUUGAUGCUUUAUGCAAAAUAAUGAAUUUAAAUUGAACUUGAACAUUAAGUUCAGCCUUACUGUCUAAUUUGUUUUUAGCUUAACUAGAAUGUAAAGAAGGCAACACUAAUUCUGAACUAAAGGGUUCUGAUUCUAAAUGGGGUUUGGUGUAUUGGUACUCCGGUCUCUUUCUAGUCAUCCACAGUUUGUGUGUUUGCAUGUGUGAGAGAGCAAGAAAGGGGUAUGUGUGUGUGAGACUGAGGGAGAGCGAAAGGAAAUGCGAAAUUGUGUGUGAGCCCAUACUCCAUUCUUACCCCAGAGCAGAUCUGAGCCAGGACAACGAGACACUACAAACCUUCAGUCUGUCUGUCGGCACACAUGGGUUGGACUUCUCGUAAGUGCAGAAACACCCGGUGGAACUCCUUAGAACUCUUCUUAGAACCUAUGAAUGGGAGACUGAGUAAAAAUAGUUGUUUUUCUGUAGUGGGCCUAAGGGCUGCAAGAGGACUGGCUUGUAUUGCCAUUCUUAGCUAAAGGGCUUCUGGGUAGUGUAGUCUUGGUGUGUAUUUUCAGUCGGGAAUCUAGUGUCAGUGGAAUAGUUGUAGUUAGAUGGGUUGAUUCUCUGUUUGAGGCUGAGGUUAAACAAAUGAUCUAAGAUCAGUUAAACUGGCUGGCAGAAGGAUACUGAAGUCAGACUGGCCCUUUUUAUUUUCUUUCUGUUUACUGUGAAACACCUCCAGUAGAGAAUACAGGACUACUAAUACAAGGGCUGUUGACGGUUUGCCUGGAACCACUACACUGUAUGUCGGCCAUGUGUGGCUAUUGAAUGCAAAACCAGACAAACCGGCUCCGACUACAUUGACACAGGUAGAGCGGAAGGCCGAUGCUUUUCUUGCACCAUCGUUCCGUUCAAACUGAGCUGGCUCUAAUAUUUUAUUUUCACAUGGUCCAUUUCAAAGUUUUCAGCAUAAUUUCAGGCCAACAACUAUGGUUGUGUAACCAGGCCAGCUCAGUACAUCUUGAUUUUUACUUCACUCAGUUCAGCUCAGUAGUUUUUAGUUUGUAUUUAGUAGGUAGAGAGGUAGCGUUAGUGUUAACUCUCAGGAAAGAGCUUGAGGUGACUAGUGA